CUCAAUUUACCGCGACGCACUCGACACAGCUCUUGUCAGCAGUGCACACCGCUCCUACGGGUUUCUUUGACGUAUUUAAUUGGAUUGGAAGAGAUCACGUUGUAUUAAGUUCAGUGUGUGCCAAUGGGAUGUAGAUUUUGGUGAUUAUUUUGUUGGUGGAGUGAUUAAUCAGGUUGAAACCAGCGAAUAGAUAGACAAUACAGAUGGAGAAGUUGACUUUAAAGAAGAUAGAAGAACUGAACGUGGAUCAUAUAGUGAAAUUAUUAGACAGAGCAGAUCUUACAGAGUUUGCGGAGUUCGUUAAAGAAAGAAAUAUAGACGGAAGGAAACUCUUGGAUGUCACCGAGGGAAUCGUCAAAUUAUGGAGGCCCAGUGUCAAUGCUAAAAAAUUCAUAUUGUUCAUUGAAGAGUUUAAACUCAAGCCAGAUAAGUAUCUUGAAAGACCGGAGAAAGAUGUAGACGUUAUAAGACAUAUGGAAUCUAAAAACAUUUCUAUAGAAUGCCAGUAUCAAACUGUGCCUGCUAGACGAAUAAGGGAAGACAAUAUGGCAUCGACAACAUUAUCCAGUGUUGAAGAAUUAUUGAAAAAAUUGGUGCCAGCAAAGAGUUUCUUAUACCGGAAUCAGCCAAGGACAAUCGAGAGAUCUGUGCCUUCUUAUAUGCCCAUGGAUGGUGGUCCGAAAAAACCGAAACGAUUCUUCAGGUUAAGUUCUUACGAGUAUCCACAUUUCGAUUUAUGGUCAAGAACUUCAAAACACGAGACUUUCGACGAUAGAGGGUAUUACUCUGUAAAAACGAACAAUAGGUACUUCAUACAAAAAACCUACAAGAGACAAGAUUCGAAAACCAAAUAUAAAUCGUUGUCGACUGCAGAAGAGUUUAACGAGAAACUACCGGAAGACCAUUUUUACGAAGACCUUUGUUACAGUGACAUGAAUAAUAGUGAAAAUAAAACAGAAAAUGCGAAUUUUAAUCAAGUUACAUCCGUGAAACCUUGUAUGGUGAAAAUACAAGAACUGUUUCAGUCUUUCAAAAUGCCUUUUUUUCGGAAAAAUGAAAUAGUGAGUGGUGACAAAAGUGGUGUGGAGGAUAAAACUGAGACGGUAAUUGAAACAAAUGUGUAUGAGAACAGUGACAGUGCUACUAAUAUGUAUGACUCAAUACAUGUUGUUAGGCCAGUCAUCGACGGAAGUAAUACAGAAAAGAAUGAGUGCAAGUUGCCCGUAGAAGACUAUCUAGAGCCAGUGCAGUUGAAUAAGGACUACUGUGACGUCACAGUGAGGGAGAGGGACGACUCGUUGCUCGGGUACAUCAUGAGCAUCUUUGAUAACAGAUUUGGCUUCAGACGAGAAACAAACGAUGCAGCUCAAUACGACGACGAGGAGAAGGCUGCGUGCACACCGAGCGAGGAGGGUCGCAAGGAACGACCGCGGACCAACAUGGCCGGCCGGCCCCUCCCCGUGCCGGUCGAGAACGAGCCCUACUACAUGAACAUAGACCGGGCCGAGGCGGAGAAUCUGCUGAUGGGACAGCCUGAUGGGAUGUUCAUACUGAGGCCGUCUAGCCAACCAACUCACGCGUAUACACUCAGCGUGGCAUGUUCCAAUGCGGUCCACAAUGUGGGGGUACGACGGCGUCCGGAUGGUCGCCUAGCACUAGGUUUCCCCAGACGUGGAGAGCGUAGCUUCGCGAGUGUGACGUCACUGCUUCGCCACCACCGCCGGCGGAGAUUACUGCUAGUGGCAGCAGGGGGCGUUAUCGGAGCCACCACGCUUACUGAGACACCGCAUUAUUACCAGACUCCCAGUAAUUUGCCUGUCCUGUAAUAUGUAGGUUUAACAAAAUAUUACUAUUAUUACAUGUUCGGUAAUAUGUUGUGUUGUAAUGUGUUGUAAAUUGGACUUCCAUUUUCGUGCUAAGUCUCUCUAAUUUGAGCGUUUAUAUGUGUGAGUCACGCCUAAUAAAGUCAACCAAGUUUCGCCCAGAAGCACAGAAGCUUCCUGGUAUCAUCACAGGCUUCACGGAGCAACCUCACUGUUCCGAGAAUUUCUAAACGUUGAGGUACCACAACUGUACAUUCUAGAAUUACGUGAGCAGCCGUUUCUUCGGCAUCAAACAGUCUCGUAUUAAAGGGCUUUCUAAGGCCCCCUUUAUGUAUAAGUAUUUAAGGGGCAAUGGUACGUUAUGAUCCCUAUUAUUAUGUUAUGCCUUAUCUAGACAUAAUAAAUGUUAUAGCAGUCGUUGAUUCAACGCUAGCACGAUCUUUUUUGAUUAACU